GGAGGUGGAAGGGGGAUAGUUUGCUGCUGACAGCACAAGUCUAACACACUUUUUGUUUUUACAACUUUCUCCCUGGCAGCCUAUAGACUUUCCCAGCCCAGAGUGAGUGCAGGGAGCAUGCCAGCAUUAUGUCCAGCAUCCCCAGUAGCCUGUGACUGCUCUGAAUCUGUAGGCAUGACUCCUGGCUACUUUUCCCCCUGACUGAUACUACUCUGGAUACUUGACGUGAGAAGAUGUCCUAACAUGGAUCCCACACGGCUGCUGCUCCUCUGCUGCUCCACUCUGCUAACCCUUGCAGCCAGCGGGACCGCCAGCAGGAACUGCCCAGAUCUGACGGUUGACAGCUGCCUGUGCUCCUCUGAACGCUCCAAGGGACUUGGGAGGCAGAAAUCGGUCUAUGUUAAAGUGGUGUGCAGUGGUGGGGAGCUCAUGGAAACAUUACAGCCUUCCUUACUUCCAAACAAAACAGUCACCCUGGUUCUCAGCCACAACAAGAUUUCACUCUUAAAGAACAGAUCCUUUAUUGGAUUAAAUUCUCUGGAGAAACUAGAUCUGAAGAAUAACUUGAUUAGCACCAUUGAACCUGGGGCCUUGUAUGGACUCACAGAACUGAGACGCCUUGAUCUGUCUAAUAACAGGAUUGGCUGUUUUACCCCAGAAAUGUUCCUAGGCCUCUUCAAUCUUCAAAAACUAAACAUAUCGGGGAAUAUAUUUUCAACUCUUAUCCCGGGGCUAUUCCAAGAGCUUCCAUCUUUAAACACAGUGUCUUUCAAAGCUGAAUCUCUUAUAUGCGACUGUAAUCUUAAGUGGAUUUUGCACUGGUCAGCAACUGCUUCUGUCAAAAUUGGUGAAGAAAAUACUUGUGAGCACCCAAGCCAUGUCCGAGGACUGAUAUUUGAUAUCCUCAAAGAGGACCAACUAACCUGUGAUGGGCCACUUGAAAUCCCACUAUUUAAGCUUAUACCAUCACAGAACCAGGUUGUUUUUCAUGGAGACCGUCUUCCAUUCCAUUGUACGGCAACCUUCCUGGCAGAUGCGACUGAUAUCAACUGGUUUCAUAAUGGAGAGCUGAUGAGAACCAAUGAGGACCGGGGCAUUCUUGUGGAAGAGAGCAUCAUUCAUGACUGCUGCCUAAUCACGCGUGGCCUUAUACUGUUUAGUGUUGACAUGGAAGCCUCGGGGAGCUGGGAAUGCCAAGUGAAUACUUCCCAUGGAAGUGUUAUUAAAAGAGUAGAGAUAUUGGUUCUUGAAACAGGAGCACCCUACUGCCCAGCAGAAAGAGUCAUUAACAACAAAGGGGAUUAUAGAUGGACUAAAACAUUGGCUGGAGUGACAGCUUUCCUUCCCUGCACACAGUCUCCAUACAUUUCCAUUCUGCACCAGGAAAGAAACAUGGAGCUUGAGGCAUGGCGCAAGUGUGACCGAACGGGACAUUGGGCAGAAGAAGACUAUUCGGGAUGCGCUUAUUCACAUGAAGUUACCAGACUUCUUCAUGCCUUUAGCUUGAUGGAGAUUAAUAGCAGCAAUGUCAAUGAAUAUGCGGAACAACUUGUACUUUAUACUGGAGGAGCAUCUUCCUUUACGGAUAAGAUGGACGUACUGUACGCUGCACAGAUGAUGGAAAAGUUGGUUCCAUUUGUUGACCACUCCAACCAACUGAGCGACGCUAUUAUUGAGAUUGCCAGCAACAUGAUGUUAGUAGAUGAUCAAAUACUUUGGAUGGCACAGAAUGAAGCAAAGGCCUGCUCAAGAAUUGUACAGUGCGUGGAGAAAAUCUCAAGACUGUCACUCAGCAAUAAAGCACAAGUAUUGUCCAAGGUUUCUCGUAAUAUUGCUUUGGAGGCUGUCAUAAUCAAGCCAGCAAGUUUCAUAGGUAUGACCUGCAUUGUCUACCAGAAAACAUCUUCAAAUUCAGUGAGACCGCUAAUCCACGGAAAUGGCAAUUUGCAUGCAGAAAAUACUAGAAAUCAAAAUUUGAUUGUGAAAUGCAACAACGGUAAUAUCAGCGGCUCCCUGCUGCAUUUUUCUGCAAAAUCUGGAAAGAAAUACGGCCUUUUUGCGUAUACUGUACUUCCAACGCUCAGAUAUUUGACAACGGAUGUGGCUGAAAAAAGAGCUUCAAAGUUUUCUUCUUCCAAUAACAUUAGGUAG